AUGCUCUAUGGGACGUUCUAUAGGACGCUCUAUGGGAUGCUCUAUGGGACGUUCUAUAGGACGCUCUAUGGGACGCUCUAUAGGACGCUCUAUAGGAUGCUCUAUGGGACGUUCUAUAGGACGCUCUAUGGGAUGUUUUAUGGGAUGCUCUAUGGGACGCUCUAUAGGACGCUCUAUGGGAUGUUUUAUGGGACGCUCUAUGGGACGCUCUAUGGGACGCUCUAUGGGACGUUCUAUAGGACGCUCUAUAGGAUGUUAUAUGGGAUGCUCUAUGGGACGCUCUAUGGGACGCUCUGUGGGACGUUCUAUAGGACGCUCUAUAGGAUGUUAUAUGGGACGCUCUAUGGGACGCUCUAUGGGACGCUCUAUAGGAUGUUAUAUGGGACGCUCUAUGGGACGCUCUAUAGGAUGUUAUAUGGGACACUCUAUAGGAUGCUCUAUGGGACGCUCCAUAGGACGCUCUAUAGGACGCUCUAUGGGACGCUCUAG